AUAAGCGCUCCUCUCAUGUGGAUCUCUCUCCAGUCUCACUCAGCUGUCCUGAAGCUCUCUGAAUCUCCUGCUGAAUAUGGCACCAGUCGGAUCAAAGAGGGGUGUUCUGGAGCGCCUGGGCGCGGGUGAGGUGGUGAUCGGUGACGGAGGCUUCGUGUUCGCGCUGGAGAAGAGAGGAUACGUGAAGGCCGGUCCCUGGACACCGGAGGCCGCUGCGGAGCACCCGGAGGCCGUGCGACAGCUGCACAGGGAAUUCCUGCGGGCCGGGUCAAAUGUCAUGCAGACGUUCACUUUCUACGCCAGCGACGACAAACUGGAGAACAGAGGGAACAAGCUGACUUUCACCGGCCAGCAGAUCAACGAGGCCGCCUGCGAUCUGGCCAGAGAAGUAGCCAAUGAGGGCGAUGCUCUGGUGGCCGGCGGAGUCUCGCAGACGCCCUCCUACCUCAGCUGCAAGAGCGAAGACGAGGUCAAGAAGAUCCUAAAGAAGCAGCUGGAUGUCUUCAUCAAGAAGAACGUGGACUUCCUGAUCGCCGAGUACUUCGAGCAUGUGGAGGAGGCUGAAUGGGCUGUCCAGGUUCUGAAGGCAACAGGAAAGCCUUCAGAAACACGGCGUGUGGGGCAGCGGCCUGGAGAUGCACACCAAACCCUGGGUCCGAGCCCGGGCCCGUCGUGAUUACUGGGAGCGGCUGAAGCCGGCGUCCGGUCGCCCGCUGUGUCCCUCCAUGUCCACUCCUGACGGCUGGGGG